GUGAUUAAAAGCGAAAGCGAGGCUAAGCCGCUGAUUCAUUGUUUCCAUUCAUUACAAAUCGAAAAGAUCGAAAAGUUUCAACAUGUUGGAUUUGUUUACAAUAUUUUCGAAAGGAGGGAUUGUUCUUUGGUGUUUUCAGGGCACUUGCCAGUCAUUCACUUUACCUGUGAAUGAGCUGAUCAAAAGUGUUAUACUUCAGGAACGUGGAGGUGGUAAUUCAUUUACUCAUGGCUCGUUGGCUUUGAAAUACAAGUUGGAUAAUGAGUUUGAACUUGUGUUUGUUGUUGCCUAUCAGAAGAACCUUCAGUUAUCCUACAUUGAUAAACUCCUUACUGAUAUACAACUUGUGUUUCGUGAUAAAUACAAAGAUGAUUUAGAAAAGGGAGAAAUAAGAAAUUUUGAGUUUCAAGAAAAUUUCAAUUCUAUCUUGAAAGAACUGGAAAACUCUGCAAAGCUGGAGUCGAAAGCACCAAAGAAAAUGAGAACCUUUGAAGAAUCAAAAAAAUCCCAAAAAACUGUUGCUUCCAUGAAAAUUGACCCAAAGAAAGAGGAAGCUAAAACUGACAAAAGUAAAGGCAAAACAGAGGCCAGUGCCAAAAAGACUGCUACUGCUGAUGUUAGUCCCAAAGCAGUUUCCAGCACUCUGACCGAAGGAAAUGAAGAUAACACUGAUGAAAUGAUACAAAAGAACAGAGAAAGAAUGAUGAAGAAAAUGUCUGCCAAAAGUCCUAAAACAACUUCUACAGGAAAAGGCUCACCAUCAAUGAAGAAAGAACGCAAGAAAGAAGCGCGUGUUUGGGAAAAUGGUGGUACUAAGAAAGAAGCAACAACUUUAGAUUACAGUGGUGCAAAUGGUGAGGAUGCUUUUAGCGCAAGGAAGGAUGAGACAGAAGAAGUGGAAAAUAUGAGAUCAUUUGUUGGUACAAUGGGUGGUGAACUUAAACCAAUGGAUUAUGAAACUGAUUCUGAUGAAGAUCUUGAUCUCCAGGAAAAUGGUCUAGAAAAUGAUAAUCAAUCAUCCAGUAAUCAAAAGAGCAAGGAAUCUGGUGGUGUGUUUGCUUGGUUUAAAGGACUUGCAAGCCAGAAAACUUUGACAAAAGAAUCUGUUGAACCAGUUUUAGAGAAAAUGAGAGAGCACUUGAUUGCGAAGAACGUUGCCUCUGAUAUCGCUGAAAAACUGUGCAACAGCGUGGCUACAAAGCUUGAAGGCAAAGUUUUAGGGACAUUUUCAAGUGUAUCGUCCACGGUCAAGUCGGGAUUGGAAGAAUCACUUGUACAGAUCUUAUCUCCACGCCGUCGUGUUGAUAUUCUACGUGACGCAAUGGCCGCUCAGCGACGUGGCCGCCCAUACUCCAUCACGUUCUGCGGAGUAAACGGUGUCGGCAAGUCCACUAACCUUGCCAAAAUUUGUUUCUGGUUGUUGGAAAACAAACUUCGUGUGAUGAUAGCCGCGGGUGAUACAUUCCGUGCUGGUGCUGUUGAACAACUCAGAACGCAUGUCCGAAAACUAAACUCACUUCAUCCACCUGAAAAAACUAACGGAUUGCCAUCCGUCAUGCUUUAUGAACGAGGUUAUGGAAAAGAUGCUGCAUCCAUUGCGAUGGAUGCGAUUAAUUUUGCUCGCGAGCAACGUUUUGAUAUCGUAUUAAUUGACACAGCUGGCCGUAUGCAGGACAACGAGCCGCUGAUGAGAUCUUUAUCAAAGCUUAUCCGAAUCAAUGAUCCAGACUUGAUCUUGUUUGUCGGAGAAGCUUUGGUGGGAAAUGAAGCUGUCGAUCAGCUUAGUAAAUUCAACCAAGCUUUAGCGGACUUUUCUUCCCAAGAAAAUCCGCGGUUGAUCGAUGGUAUCCUGCUUACAAAAUUUGAUACUAUUGAUGACAAGGUUGGUGCCGCCAUAUCUAUGACAUACACAACAGGACAGCCAAUUGUAUUUGUUGGUACUGGCCAAACCUAUACUGACCUACGAAAUUUGAAUGCAAAAGCUGUUGUACACGCAUUACUAAAGGCCUAAUAAGCUAUUCUCUUUUGCUUUA